UCUCAUACAAACGUCAGACUCAUUCGUUGAAAAACCAUCAUUGCAAAAUGUUAUUCAAAGCAACCCCAGAGUUUGCAAUAGCUUUUACUAAACUGACGUCGAUACUCGGCAGCUCCUGGCCGCACUACAAAAAUGCAACCAAGUGUCAGCUUGUUGUUUUUAAUAUAAAAUGGUGGUUUUUUUGGUUCAUGUCAAUAACUGCGUUUUUACCCAUGUAUUAUGCGUCUUACAAUAACACGAAAAAUAUAUUGAGUUUUACCAAAGCAUUGUGUGGGGCUGCUAAUUGUACCCAAGCUUUUAUAAAAAUGUUGUUGUGUAAAAUACAUUAUCAUAAGCUUCAGUUUCUUUUAUAUGAAAUGGAGAAAUAUGUCGGGCAGGCACGCGCUAACGAAAGAGAAUUGUUCAUCAGUUAUAUUGAAAGAUGUGGACGAUUACAUGUUUCGAUAGUAUUAUCAGCAGUGAUGGCAGCUGUUAUAAUAAUUAUCGCGCCCAUUGUAAUACCCCAGCCGUUUCCGAUGUUUACUGAAUAUCCUUUUCCAGAGGAAGGACAUCCUACUUUUGAGAUUAUUUACUUGCAACAAAGCAUCGCGACGAUUCAUUGCAUCUCUAUACCAGUUUUCGAUUGUCAAAUAGCUCUGCUACUCUGGUACGCUGGUGCAAGACUUGAAUUGUUGGGCGACGAGUUUCAAAAAGUCACCGACAACCAGCAAUUCGUCGUUUGUGUUAAGAAACAUCAGUAUUUAUUAUGGUUUAUUCAGGAAAUAAUAAUGAGUAGUCGUUACAUUCUUGCAACGACGGUCGUUAUGUGCACGAUAGCUGUAAUUACUAGUGGGGUUCAUAUUGUUGGGAAGGAACCUAUUGCUGAUAAAGUCACAUUCGUUAUUCUAUCGAUGGGCUUAUCGGCAGUGUUGUAUCUUUGUGCGUGGCCAGCAGAACAUCUUGCGCAAAUGUGUGAAAAUAUUGGAACCGCUUUAUACUAUUCAUCUUGGAUUAGAAAUUCGAAGGAAUUAAAUAAAAGUAUCUUUAUCGUGAUACAAAGAUCACAAAAACCAGAAAUCAUUCAAGUUCCUGGAAUUUUACCCAUGCUCUCGUUACCUUACUAUGCAACGUUUCUAUCGAAAACCUUUUCGUACUUUACGACUUUGCGCGUUGUGUUGGACAAAAUGGAAGACUGAUCAUUCAAAUGUAUGCAACCAUAGUUUUUAAAUCAAAAGACAAUCAAAUUACUGAACUGUGGGUAUAAAAAAUUGUGCGGGUUAUUUUAAGAAAUUUCAAGGAAUAUGUAAGAAAAAUUACGCAGUCAAACUGAAUGUCAAAAGUCUUCAAUAAUUUUAUCAAUUCAUAGCAUCACAUCUGUUUCAAUGCGUAAAAAUAUGUAAAAUAAGUCAAAACAUUAAAAAUAUUUUCAGAAAAACACUAGUUUAACAAUCACUGUCAUUCAGCAAAAUGAAACUUUAAGUUUAAAGACUACCUUGUUAUCGAGCUUACGACUCGCUACUCUAUUGUACAAUAAUCAGUUGGAUAUUUUAUUGAGUA